AGCCCAUCUUCCUCCUGACCUCUGAAAAACGAUGGACGUGCCGCUUCCUUCUAAAUUUAGACACUUAUUCGUGUCUGUGCACUAUGAGCUCCAAACUGCAGUUCUCGUUUAUGUCAAUAAUUUAGGCCUAGUUCGGUCGAAACGAGGUGACAGACCCUCGCGGGUCUCCGUUGGCACUAUGAACGGCAGCUCGGUCUGACGGACGCGCACCAUCGCAGUAACGGCACCCUUCAUGUUUACGCGGCUCAGAAACAGACGUAAUGGCGCAGGGGAAUAACAGUAAUUUCCUAACUAUCCCCUCACAAGAGGGUCUUUUCAAGACUGUGAGGGUCGAGCGUUCCGACGACAACAGUAAUGAUGAAGAUGAGGAAGAAACUGAGGAAGACGUCAGGCUAAUACCGAGGUCUUCUCCUGUUCCCAGAAAGCGAGGCUCUUCGAUUGCGGAUGAAACCGCCGAGUACAUGCGAAUCCGCCUGGUGUUAACGAACAGAAGAGUGUCGUUUGCAGACAGUACGGGAGCCGAGCUGGUUGAUGUCAGAAUGUUUGUCCCGUUUGAUUCAGACGAAGAGGACGAUUCAAGAUGGGAGGAAGAGGAGGCGCGGUACCGAAAAGCCUACCGUGAGCCCACUUACCGUGUGUGGCCGGAGUUCCAGCCGCUCACCGGAGCAGAGUUCGUGCUCGCUGCCCACAGCAACAAGCUGGAAGUGGAGAGCGUGACAUCUGUGCCAGAUGAGCCUCUGUCAUUCGAGGUGCUUAUUCGUGUGCUCAACAUUUCUUUUCACAAAUCAGUCUAUGUCCGGUCCACGAUGGAUGGUUGGAUCAAUCACUUUGAUUACGCAGCCGAGUACGUUCAGGGCUCCAACGACGGCGAAACGGACAAGUUCUCCGUGAAGCUGGCCUUCGCUUCACCGUACCUGUUCAACGGAGCGCGGAUUGAUUUUGUUGUGCGCUACGAGACGCCAGAUGGAGAGUUUUGGGCGAACAACUCUGGCAGGAAUUACUCGGUAACUCUGUUACAGUCGUAUGAAGAAGAAGACACAGUCCAGACCACCACAGCGGACACAACUGAGCUGAGAGGAAUCCUAAAACCUCCCAGGUACCGAGCUGACAUUGGUUAUGAUGACUCUAAUGACGGAGGAGAUGCAGAUCUUGGCAACCCUAAGUGUGAAGCAUUGGAAAAUCAAGUGUCUUUUGCACAGCCGGUUAUAGUUCAGCCAGAGAUUGACAUCGAGACUGCCAAGAAAUUGUCCAGUUCUCCAGAGUCCACCAGGACUUCCUCCACAGCAGGAUGUCCUCAGUCCACUUCAGAUACUCCCCUCGGAGAACCACUUGCACUUGAGUCAAUGUCAUCCAAUAAUUUACCACAAACAGAAGAGUCUGGACUUCAGCCGUUAACUCUAUCUAUCCCCCAGUCACGUUCAACACAGCAGUUCUCUGAGCCACAAGAUCAAGUCUAUAAUGUUGGCCCUUCCUUGGCCCUUCCCCUUCCUGCAGUUCUCAUACACCAUUAUGCUCACCCAGAAACAACCAAGGAUGAAUUUGAGGAUUCCAGUAAACCUGACCAAUCCCUUCAUUCACAGAAGGACGAUUUCCACACUGAGAUGUUAGCACAAGUGCCUUUCAAGUUAAGCCAACCAUCACUGGCUAGGUUUCCAGACAUGCCACAAAUCCUGGAAGAAGGUAUGAAGAAUGUUAAGGUGAAGGAAGAUGUUGUAGAAAAGGAUGCCACAUUGGCAGAUGUGCUAGAAGAACCAAGUAGUAAUGUAGAAGAAGAUAAAACUGGGACUUGCUUUCACAUGUUGGAAGAAGCCAAGCAGCCUCCUUCAUCAAAGGAGGUAAACAAUGCAACUAAAGAUGUGGAGAAGCUCAAUUUAUCAGAGGGAUUACAGCACCCCCUGGAGGAAGGAAUUCAAGAACACGAAGUAGAACUUGUCUCUUCGGUCCGAGUCGAUACCAUCAAGACGAUUGAGGUGGAAAGUACCAAGAUGGAUGAUGAUGAGGAAACAGAUGGUUUGGAGGCUUCCUGUUUGUUCCCAUCUCAUUUAGGUCCCACAAGACCGGACAAAGAAUCCCAAAGUUUACUCAUCCAUCCAGACUCUGAUAAGCCGGCAAACAUGAAACAUCAGCAAGAGGAAGAACUUGUCUUGGAUCCGAGCAUGUUGGCCUCAGUCCACCCUGAGGAUCCAAAACUUGAUAACCAAACUAUUACAAUGUGUAUUCCAGAGCAUCCAACAAGCAAACCAGAAAAGCCAGAGCUGACCAGCAUUUCUGAAACAUCACCAACAGCCGUCGAUCUUCAGUCUUCAACCGUUAACUCUUCAGCAGAAGAUGAUAUAACUUUUAAGGGUGAUGAAACGUCUACUGCUCCAUAUCAGAUAUGUAAAAACCCUGAAACCCAGCACACACUGCCAAGACCCGGCACUGAACUAUCUCGGAUAUCAAAGGAUCAGACUGAGGUUUCUCUGGACACGUGUCUGAUGGUCUCCGCGACCUUCUUCAGUGCUGUUAUUUGCCUGGCUGUUGGGAUUCAAGAGCCCAGUGCGUUUCUGUGUGUGGGAUUAUUCCUGUUGUCCCUCUGGUUCUAAGUUCAAUGCCAGUUUAAUUUCCCCUCCAUCUGUUUCUUCUACAAAGCUUUAAGACUUUACCUUCUUCCUCUUCCCCCAGUGCCUUGAGGAAUUCCAAAAAAAUAUUUACAUGCAAUCAGAUCUGGUGUUUGUGGUAUUAGAGUGAGAGUUAGUGUUUUCAAAUUUAGGAGUUGAGAUUUUGCUUGACGUAUACAGUAGUUUAUCAUUCAGAUUGCCAUUAUAAAAACUGCAGUGGUUUAUUUGCAACCAAAAAUAAUAGUUUGAAUAAGCAAUGUGUAUUUUGGCUGAAUGACAUCACUGUGCACCUCAUACAUGAUUGGCCAUUGGAAUGUGGCUCAGCUCAUUGAUUCAUACUUACCAAAAUGUGUCUAUUUUGUGAGUUUCUCUAUAUAUGCAUACAGUAGCUACUGAAGAUUGCAUUUGGCUUUUAUGGGAGUCACUUGUGAGUGGAAUGACUUGAUGGUGCACGUAUGUGGAUUUAUGUGUGAUAAGAAGGGGGGGCGAGACUGGACUAAUGGUGCAGGUGAUUGCAGAGCAGAAAUUUAGAAAAGUUUGAGUUUCAAGUUUAGUUAAAUGUGAGGUUUUGCUUGUUCUCAGUGAGGAGUUAGUCUGUGUAGACGUCUACGAACUAAGCAGAGCAUUUAUGUAGGUAAGAAAUGUUCAAAGACACUUGCGUUUAUACGUUUAUUCACUUAAUUUCACUGUUUGAUGUUGUAUGUGGUCAUUUUGUGACUUUGAUUACACACAUUCUGUCUAUGAACUUAAAAUGAGUAAACAUGUUAAUCUUGAAGAGUAUGGCGUUUUACACCUCUGCUUCCUAAAGGGUU